AUGUAUUAUGAUCCAAAAUUACCCUUAACACUGGCAACUGAUGCAUCACCAGUGGGGUUAGGUGUGAUACUUUCUCACAAAAUUCCUGAUUUAACAGAAAGGCCAAUUGCAUAUGCUUCUAGAACACUGACUGUAACAGAGAAGAAGUAUUCUCACACCGAUAAAGAAGUUUUAUCAAUCACUUGGGGAAUUAAAAAAAUUUUGCUGUACUUAAAAGGCAGGAAAUUUACAUUAAUUACAAAUCAAAAACCUCUUGUUGCAAUUUUCGGCUCAAAGAAAGGCAUGCCAGUUUUGGCAGCAAGAAGACUCCUGCAUUACUCUUUGGCUUUACAUUCAUUCCAAUUCGAUAUUAUUUACCGUAAAACAAACCAGCGUGGUAAUGCUAACUUUCUAUCACGAUUGCCGACGAACUCACAGCAACUUUCUGUUCAGGAUGAUGUAACUACGAGGGCUAUCCAGAAACAGAUUAAAACUCUUCCAAUUACUGCCAAAGAUUUAGCUAAAGAAACUGAAACUGAUGCUGAACUCAGUCCUCUGCUACGAACACUUCAAAGCGGCGGUGAAUUGAAGGAAAGGGAGAUGGAGUAUACUCUACAAGAUGGCUGUAUAGUGUAUGGUCAACGCUUUUGUAUUCCAAAACGAUACCGUGAGAAUGUUUUGAAAGAGUUGCACCACGGACAUUUAGGGACUGUAAAUAUGAACGCAAUUGCUAGAUCUGACGUAUUUUGGAAUGGUAAAGAUAUAGAAAAUACUUCCCAAAACUGUUCUGAAUGUACAAAACAUAAACUAGAUCCUAAGGUAAACGUUCAUCAUUGGGAGUACCCAACCGCUCCAAUGGAACGUAUUCACAUCGAUUAUGCAGGACAUAUUUUUGAGCAUAUGUUUUUGAUAAUCGCCGAUGCUCACUCAGAAGGGCUAGAAGCCUAUCCAAUGAAAUCAUGCUCGACUUUCAGAACAAUAGAAUGUUUACGGGAUUUUUUUGCACGAAUUGCAUUACCACUAUUGUUAGUGAGUGAUAAUGGGCCGCAAAUCCCUUCACAUGAGUUUGAGUUCUUCAGAGUAACAGAAUCAAACACAAAACUACAACAUCGUUUAAACCAUCCAAUAAUGGGCAGGCUGAACGGUGUGUGUUUACAGUAA